AUGGCAGAACCAAAGAAUACCGCCAGCACGCGCUUGACGCAGAUCACUGACUUCCUGACCAUGAAUAAGACAGCUACCACAAUCCCAUGGGAUCCGAACUCGACCAAGUUUCCUACCAGAAAAGAGCUCCCGGAUAUCCCAGGAGCACCCAAGGAAGCUGCCUGGACUUGGGGCAUAGAUGACUAUAUCGGUCGCCUCAAUCUCCUCACCCCAACCCGCGUAGCCGCUGCAGCUAGAGAAAUUCGUUCCGGAGAGAUUAUACCCGUCAAUCUGCCUUUGAACGUCCCUAAUCAGCCAGCCUUCGGUCGCGAGGUUUUCAAACACGAGAUCAAGACCUUGCACGAAGGCAUCGCAUACGACGACCUUUAUCAUAUGAACACACAAUCCGGCACGCAAUGGGACGGUUUCCGCCACUUCGCGCACAUCCCUACGGGCUCGUUCUUCAACGGUACCAAGGGCUCUGAUAUCGUUGGACCCGCCGCAAACCACAAGUGCUCUAUCCACCACUGGGCUGAACAUGGUGUUGCUGGGCGUGGUGUGCUGCUUGACUACCGCGGAUAUGCGCACAAGAAGGGUAUCAACUACGAUCCGUACGAUUACUACCCAAUCUCGUGGGAGGAGUUGUACCAGUGUGGAAAGGAUCAGGGUAUUGAUAUCAGACCGGCAGCGCAGGGCGGAGAUAUCAGGAUUGGAGAUAUGUUGUUCAUUCGCAGUGGCUGGAAGGAAGCGUACGAUAGCAAGUCGGACGAGGACAGGGCGAAGGCUGCGACAAGGCACGGGCCAAAUGGUGAAGAUGGUGCACGUUACGCGGGUGUUUCCCAGGAGCAGAAGAUCCUGGAUUGGCUUCACGAUUGCUAUUUCGCGACGGUUGGAGGUGAUGCCCCUGCGUUUGAAGCUUGGCCGACGCACGAGGACUACCAUCUGCAUGAGUAUAUUCUAGCGCUAUGGGGAAUGCCGUUGGGUGAGAUGUUAGAUUUGGAGAAACUAGCACAGACCUGCAGGGAAAAGAACAGGUGGUUCUUCUUCUUCACGAGUGCGCCAGCAAACUGCCCUGGAGGUGUCAGCUCGCAUGUCAACGGCACUGCAAUUUUUUAG